GGUAAUGUUUGUGAUGUUUAAAUAAAGUGAGAAAAAGAAGUGGAUCUUGAUCUGUAAACUGAAAAGAAAAAAAAGGUGCACCUCUUCUGAUAGUUCUUGAUUCAACCUCUACAAAAACUACUUGCCACCCAUAAAACUCUUAAACCAUUCAUUACCUUUGUCCAAUAUUGUUUAUGGGGUUCCACUAAUACAAGUAUAUUGUUGUUAUUAUUACUAAGUUUGCGGCUUAAGGGAUCAACUGUGCCACCUUUACUUCUAUUCUAAUCAUUGACCAAAUUUACCUAUAAAGUUAACUACUUUUUGCUUCAUUACAAUUGGGAUCUUGCAUCUAAACUCAGAGAAAUUAGUGUAUCAGCUGUGGUUGGAUUCGAAGAAAAUCAUCAUGUUCAAGUACUCACCACGCGGUAGGAACCAAAGAAAUAAAGGUUUCAAGGUGAAGCAUGCUCUUCAGAUAUGUGUACUUCUGGGUGUUUGUAUCUGGCUGCUUUACCAAGUUCAGCACUCACGUAGCAAGAAAGCAUCUUUUGAACAAAACGCAACCGUCUCAGAGAAGGUACAAACUGACAAUGACGUUAAUAUCAGGUUAGGAAGGAAGGACCUCCAACCUCAAAAGAAGGAAGUAGAUAUUGAUGAUGAGAAGCUGAAGGAGGUUACAGAGGAAGACGAGCUUAAACGUUUUGAUGAUGAGACCAAAGUGGAGGAACACGACCAUGAUCUAGAAAAAUCAGCAGAGGAUAGUGAGCAUAAAGAGGAAGUGAGAGGAGAAGAUAAUGCUGAAGAAGAAAGCAAAGAGAAUACUGAAGAUGGCAAAGGCGAGAGUAUUGAGGAAGCCACUGACACGAAUACAAGUGAAACUAAUGAAACCAAAGAAGAAGAUAGUGAAAAAGAUCGGGUAAAGGAAAGUGGCAUUGAGGGUGAAGAAAGCAAGGAACAGAAAUUAGAAAAGGAAGACAAGGAUGUUAAAGAGAACAAUGACAGGGAAAAUGAAAGUGAAGAGAAGGGAACUGAGGGAAAUGUUGAUGCAGGAACUGAUUUGAAAGAAGAGACGGCACAAAGCGAAGAGCGUGGAAGUGAAGAGAAGGGAACUGAUUUGAAAGAAGAGAAGACACAAAGCGAAGAGAGUGGAAGUGAAGAAACUUCUGAGAAUAGAAGCGAAGAAGUUGCUGAAAAUGAAAGCGAAAAGAAGUCGGUGGAGUUGGAGGAAAGUAAUGAGGACAAAGUAAAAAAGAAUGACGAGAGCAAAGAAGAGAAGAAUGAGGGAGAUAGCAAAGAGAACGAUGAAGCCAGCAAUGAAAAGGAAGAGAACCAAAGCAAAAAUGAAGAAUCUGGCUCAUCAGAACAUAAGGUUCAUGAUGAAAAUGACAAGACUAAUGAGGCUUCAACAGUAGGAAAUGGCAAGGAAGAGACUUUAGAUUCUGAAAAAGUGACCAGGACAGAAGGAGAUGGUAAUGUAGCCUUGAACAAUGAGGAUGCAUCCAAGAAGGGAGAAGAUGAGUUGCAGGACAAGAAAAACAAGAACGAGGCAAGUGAUGAAACUCUGAACAAGCCGGAUUCAGAUGCUGGAGAAAAUAAGAUGCUUGAAAAAAAUAGUUCUGCAGAUGCAAAUGCUUCUGGAAAAGUGAAUAAUGGAAGCAACAUUGACGAUAGUUCUAAUGCUGCAGCAGAAACCAAUGAAGCCUCUAACCAGCAGACAGAAGCUGGCAAUUCUACCUCCGAGACCAUUCAAAAUGAAACAAAUGAAGCCAAUGAAAAUCAGCAAGAAAAUGAAAACACUGCCUCUCAUACCAUACAAAAUGAGAACAACUCUAGUGAUGACUCCAAUUCUGCAGCAGAAACCAACAAAGACAAUAAGCAGCAACAGGCGAAUGAAGGUACUGCCACUGACACUACACAAAAUGAGAAGAACUCUGGUGAAGAAUCCCAUCUUGCAGAAGGAAACAAUGAAGCCAAUAAACAGCAGCAGGAAAAUGACUCCAAUUCUGCAGCAGAAACCAACGAAGCCAGUAAGCAGCAACAGGAACAUGACAGUUCCGCCUCUGAUGCCACAGAAAAUGAGAAGAACACUGCUGAAGACUCUAAUGUAGCUGAAGGAACUAAUGAUGCCAACAAACAGCAACAGGAAAGUGACAGUUCUGCCACUCAUAUCACACAAAAUGAGAAGAACUCUGGUGAAGACUCUAAUGUAGCUGAAGGAAACAAUGAUGCCAACAAACAGCAGCAGGAAAGUGAUAGUUCUGCCACUCAUACCACACAAAAUGAGAAGAACUCUGGUGAAGACUCUAAUGUAGCUGAAGGAAACAAUGAUGCCAACAAACAGAAGCAGGAAAAUGACAGUUCUGCCACUCAUACGACACAAAAUGAGAACAUCUCAAUUAAGGAGGCCAUUUCUGUUGGAGAUGGCACACAGAACGAUGCAAAUGAGCAGCAUUCUGAGAAAAAGGAUUCAAAUUCCUCAGCAAAUGAAGAAUCAGUAACAACUUCAAACGGCUCUGAAUCUGUUGUAUCAGUUGACCAAAAUGGCAAUUCUGUAACAGCUGGUGCAACUGAGAAGUCGACAGGAGGUGGGAACGAUCAGAAUGAGGUAAACCAGAAAUUAGAUGCUAAUUCUGAUCCAGGCUCGGAAAACAAAAUAAAUCCCUCAAAUGACAAUGAUGAGACAGACCCAGAUCAAAACAAAUCGACUGAUUCUUCCAGCUCAAAUGGAAAUUCUGAUGAUAGCCAGCAAAACCAAGCCGAGUCGACCAAAUCUGCUCUUCCUCAAGAAGAGACAGAGGCUCGUACUGAUCUGGGAACAUUGCCACAGACUGGAACUGAGGGGAACAGCCACAACGAUGCUGCAGCAGAGUAACAUAGAUACCUCUAGUACUAUUUUUAUGCCACGGUUUUAUUCAUAUUCUUUCUUCUUGUUGCCUUUUUCAAAGUCUGAGGCAAAUUUGAAAGUGAGAUAACUUCGGUUGCUUGCUGGUCGAUGCCGAAGAGCCAUUAUGUAACAAAUAUAUAGUUUUAUGUUCCGCCAGAACUUAAUGACUUGAUUAUCCCUAUCCCAUAAAUGUGUAUCUGCCAUGUCUGGAUCAUGCAAUUUUCCAUGCAUUAUUAAUGAUAAAGUGUUUCUUCAUCUUUAGAACAUAUUGCUUACAUCUGAUCGGUCAAUUUUAAUCAUUGAAUUAUUCUUUUUGGAGUGGCAUCUUGCUAUUGUAGGUGCUUCUCACCAUUGUAUUUCUACUAUAUAAGAAACAUGGGUUUGAAGCAGGAUCGUCGACAUGUCUGCUUGCAGACAAAUUAUUUUUGUUCAAGGGUAUUUUAGACUUUUCUCGUCAUGUUUUCUCUUGAGCCGAGGGUCUUUCGGAAACAGCCUCUCUAUCUUCUGAGAUGGAGGUAAGGUCUGUGUACACUUUACCCUCCCCAGACCCCACACCGUGGGAUUUCACCGGGUAUGUUGUUGUUGUUGUUGUUGUUGUUGUUGUUGGUAUUUUAGACUUUUCAGGGUAGACAAAAAUGCAACGUGUCGUUUAACCCUAAGACUAGAGAGCCACCGUAUUCAAAGUAUUUCACCUCUGUAUCUGGAGAUUUCUCCAUUCUACUGUAUUUCUAUCUCUGUCACACAUACAGUUGCUCAUCAUCUUCGUUUCUUUUUGCCCUUUAUUUGGUCUCCUUUCAAAGUGUCUCCAUUUGGAUAAUUCUGGUGAGUUUUCUCCACUUUUUCUUUGUAGAAGAUUGUAGAAUUUUCUGUAUUCUUUGUUCGUUCAAUGUAGAAGAUUGUUGGUAAUGGGACUUGAUUGGGUAAUUUUUAGUGUCUUCAUCCAUUUGGACAGUUUACACAUCCAUUUCGUUGCAGGGUAGUCCGUUAACCUGCAAAGAUUGGUGUUCUCUCUUGAGUCAACUCUUCCCAGCAGCUUUCUAUGUAUCUCCUUCUCUCAUCAGAUACAAUAGCAUUAGACUCAGUCCGCAUUUUGAUAUUGUGCUUUCUCGGGUGUUUUGUCGCAAUUUUACAAGGAAACGGAUUACUCUUGCUGUGGCAUCCGCAGCAAGCUUGGUUUUCCGGGUGAAGACGUACUCAUCCUAUGCCGAAGCUUCAAUUAUGGGCAAGGUUUUGAAACUCAAAUUUGCCUGAGCCGGAGAAAGCAGGAAAGUACUUCCACUGUUAGAGGUGAGUUCUGAUUUGAGCACAGAGUCAUUAUCACUUGCUGAAGAAAUCUAAUGCAAAUGUCUGAAAACAAGAAUAUUUGUAACUUCCUAUCCGAUAAUACCAGAGCACGUCAUUCAGCAUUCACUCUCAUGUACCAAGUAAUUUAUAUGUAACCACACGUUCCUCUCUGAUGUCAGAGAAGUAUUUUGUGUGAUGGUUUGUUCUCAUAAAAUGGCUUUAUAAAAUUCAUGAGGUUAUUUGACCUGCAUACAAUGGAUAUGACAUUAAAGUCAGUUUGGUAUGAAACCUCAUGAUAUCUCAUGCAUCUUACCUUACACUUUGCAGCUAUCUUUUCUUAUUAAUUGCUGCUUGCAUUUGAGUUUCAUUAUUUUGUUCGCAGUUCUGGGUUUCAUAACGUUGUCUGCAGGUAAAAUCUCUCCUGCCCAAUGUUUACUAUUUUUAAUCUUGAGUUCAAUUUAAUACGCAUUAUCCAUGCCCGUACCUGUCAAACAGCUCGCAUUGGCAGGGAGCAUCCGUCCUCCUCUAUUUAUCUGUUUUCUUUUAAAUUUUGGAGAAAAGAGUUCCUCCGUGGAUUGAUCUUUGUUAGGAAGGCAAUGCACAUUCAUAGGAGAGUAAGUUCCUUUGAAAUUUUGCCAUCCAUGUUUUUCAAUACCUAAUUAGUAUUACAGGGUGUUUUGGUGUUAAUUGAUAACUCCCGAGGAUCAUUUACGCAAAUUGGGAAUACCUACAAUAACGUGAAGAGGAAGAGUGGGAGGAGGCUGCAUCUCUAACCUGGUUCCGUAUUAACACUUUUGUCUUUUUGUAGCUUCUGAUUAGGAUGAGGCCACAUUGGAGGAAAAUAAUAUGUUUUAGAUUUUAUCUAUCACAAGCCUCUAUAUACACGCAUGCAAUAUUCUAUCAGUAAUUUAGUGGCUAUGGUGAUAUGAAAUGUAAUAUAUUUAAUUUAUUGUAAUUAAAAAGGAAGGAAGGACAUAUUGAUCAGUUUAUUGCAGUAGUACCAGUCGAUCAUAUGCUUUAAUAAGUUGUUGUUGUUAAAGACAGAGGAUUUUUUUUUUAUUGCAGGUGAAAAUACUAUAGUGAAAGUGGGAUUUCAGCUUGUCAGGCCAGGAAAAAAUUCCUUCUUGAUUUCUCAGUAUUUGCGAUUGUCUAAUACUGAUACUUUUGUUACUUUGUUUUGUUUCAUCUUCAUUAUUUCAGUUUUUUGCGUGUCGUGGUAGUUGUCUGUUUGUGAAUCUGUUCAACACGUCGGAGUCUGAUAAGUAUUGCUCUUUUAUUCGAUUUCAUUUUUUUUCUUAGUUCCUUCCUCUUGAGGAGGGAAAUUUUGUUUUGUUUCAGUAUGUACAUACGUACAUUUGUGUGUAUGAUCUUUAUUGGCAUAAUUAAAUGCUAUAUGGUUCUGUGAUGCUUAAUAUAGGUAUUGUAGGUCUUACGUUAUCUAUUGAAAGGCUGAGUAUUUAUUAUUUGUACAUACUGAACUGCAAUGAUUUGCAGAUGUUGUGACAAAGUUCAUUGAGGGACUUACUGAGAUCUAUUUCAGGUUACAUAUCUGAAUAGUUAUCCUGAGGUUAUGGUUAUCUUGAGGGCUGAUGUUUCUGGUAAAAAGUAUGACAAUAUAGCUAUCAUAUCAGGAAGUGUGAAGCUGAAAUAUAGCACGCUUGUUAGAUCAUCACUCAUGCAAAAUCAGAUUAACUAUAAGCAUAGAGCAGCAAGAACUGUGGCGACUACAGUAAGACAAAGUCGUCAUUUCCCUUCGACUACAGAAAAUUAGUUUUGAAUAGUAUUUGCGUCUCCUCCAACAAACAACAUCAAAUAGAACUUAGUUGGGUAGACGUGCACUCAAAAUCCUCAUUAAGUAGUUGCAACACUGAUAGGAAAUUAAGUAAAUUCGGAAAGUGCAAAUCAGAUGCCUCUCUUUUCUACCUUUCUCCAAAGUGUUCUCGCUUUCUUCAUGCUCUCUUCAUCGAGUGUUCAAAUUCCACCGCCUCCUUCGACGCCAUUCACAACCAUCUUCUCUCUUUUAUUUACUCUGUCUUAACUCCUCUCUUAUUCAACCUUUUUUUUUGGCUUUGUGAAUGCGUACGCGUUCAGCUUGCAGAUUACAUUGGAACUUCUAGGGGGAAGUCCAUCACCGAAUAAUAAGUUAUUAACACUGGGUUCCCUCUUAUAUUGUUAAGAAUUACAAUAAUAGUUAAAAUUAGGUCUGAUUUCAUAUUGUCUUUCUUAUUAUUUCAUAGGUUUUUAAUCUAUGUCAGUUUUUGUUACCAAUCUAUGUAUUUUCGUAUUUGCAAUUUUAUUGACUGACCUUGAACUUUCGAGAACUUAUCAGUUGGUUUGUUUUUACAGCUUAAACUUACUUGAUUAAUACCAAUUCAAUCAGAUCUUCUGUGUGUGCGCUCAUUCAAGAUAAUUUCGCCAACCUUUUAAGUGAAUUUCAUAUUGGUUUGAAUGUUGUGUUCUGGUUUUCAUAUCCUGUGCUCACUCAAUUUGUAGCUGUUUUUAGUUAUUUGGUGUUCUAAGGUUAACCAAAUUACGUGAAAUUAUUAUUAAUUGUUAUUUUCUUGAUAAUGUUAAUGGCUUUGGUAUGUGUACAACCACCAUUUCGUACAACAUUUUAUUUGACCAUUCUCUGAGUGUAAAAGUGGCAGAAAUAUAACGGAUAAUGUUGCAUUGCAAAUGUCAAAUUACUUAUCAUUAGCAUGUAUGCCUAAUCAUUUAAAGUGCUUAUAAAUAGCAGGUAAAACCCAUGACUUUGUGUAUAAGGUUAGGUUAGUAAAGUUGCAAUGGUAUGCACAUCUCCAGUUACAUGUUCUUAUAUUGCAGUGUUCUACUUUUUGAAGGUAAUCUGUUUUUUCGAAUUCAAGAUACCCUGAUAAAAUUUCAAUAAAAAUUGUUGUAGGUUAAUGAAAGUUGCAUAGAUGAAUAGAUAUGUAGAAGGUAUGAAUUUGUUGUGCUAAUUAAAUAAUCACUGAAAAUGUUGGAACCUUGUGACAAUUUGCAUAGGAGAAGUUUUAUGUUUAGUAGAUGUUUAUCUUUCUGAAGAGGAACUCGAAUCAGUCAAUCACCUUUUUAUUCAUUGUAAAGUUGUCAAGUAAUAUUGGGAGCUCUUCCAAAAUCUGUCUGAUGUAGUUUGAGUGAUGCCUUCAGAUGUUAGAUGUUACAAGUCUAUUUGAUUGUUGCCAUGAUCUUCAUCCUUACUUCAGCUUAGUGUGUGUCAUACUAUUGUUGUUGAUAAGUUGGGGCCUCCACCUAUGUUUUAUUAUCACGAUUCUCUGUCCUGUAUGGGCUGGUACUGAGCUGUACAAACCUAGAAAAACUUGCUGAUUCCCUUUAAGGUAAUAUACAUUUGAUAAUGGAAUAAUGAUCAGAAGUAUAUGCUCUCGAUGACAGAAAAAAUUUAUAGUUUUGGGACUUCGAUAUUCACAAUAUGCUGCUGAAGAUAUCCCAAUCGUCAAGAGCAUAAUACAGGUGUAAUUCAAUCUCUUCCUUCAUGUCACUUGAUUUUAUAUAUAAACUUAUUUACAAUGAUGUAUGUGUAUGGUUAAUAGUAUCCUCAUCCUAAUAUGAAGGUGCUAUAUGUAUAAUCUGUUAAGAGUGUAUGGAAAGAUAACUUCUUCCUUCUCUGUUUUUUUUUUUUUU